UACUUUCACUGCUUGUGGUAAUGCUAGUGGCUGUACAUGUGAUAAAAAUAAUAAUCUUGGUGGGCUCAAAUGUGGUCAUGAACUUAAUAAUCAUAAACAUUGCUUUUUAAAUUGCCCUUCUGAUCCUAGCUCCAUUUUUCAAUGUAGCCCAAAUGGCACUAAUAUUUGUCAAUAUGGUUCUUGCUCAAAUGGCUGUUGUGCAGUUGAUAAUGAAAAAAGCUACUGCUACAAUGACGAUAAGUGUUUAGGGCAUUCUUCUUACAAAUGGAUUAAAAAAGAGUCUUAUUUGCCAUUAUCUAAUCUACAACCAUCUAAUUCACUACCAUUUAAUCUACCACCAUCUAACCUACUACCAUCAUCCAAUUCACUACCAUUUACUCCACUACUGUCUAACAUACUACCACUAUCAUCUAAUCCACUACCAUCUACUCUACUACCAUCUAAUCCAUCACUACCUAAUUCACCUUCUUCUGGUUAUAAUAGACAAAAGGCUGUUAAUUAUGCUAGAAAAUAUUGUAAAAAUGCAAAUUUAAAGUACAAAAAUUAUAAUCUAGUAGAUUGUACUAAUUUUGCUUCACAAGUUAAUUGUGAAGAGUUUUAUGAUUAUCUUAUUAGUUAUAAAUUGGCAAAAGAAUGCCAAUUGUCUGAAUUAAAACCAGGUGACUUUAUACAAUAUCUUGGUUCUAAAGAAAAUUAUUUAAAUAGUUUCUUGGUUUUUCUUAUUUCAAGUGCUUUUGCAACUUGUAGUGAUGCUGGUGGCUGUAUAUGUGAUAAAAAUGAUAAUAUUAGUGACCUCAAAUCUCCAUUUUUCAAUAUGGCUCAAAUGGUACUAGCAUUUGUCGAUAUGGUACUUACUCACAUGGAUGUUGUGCUAUCAGUAGCAAAAAAAGCUAUUGCUGCAAGAAUGAUAAAUGUACAGGAUGUCCUUCUGACAAAUGGAUUAAUAAAGACUCUAACUGUUGAUUAUGCUGGACAAAAUUGUAAAAAUGCAAAUUCAAAGUACAAAAUUUAUAUUUCAGUAGAUUGUACUAAUUUUGCUUCACAAGUUUUAAAUGCAGGUAGUGUUUUUACAAAUCAAGAUUGGAAACCAUACACAUACACAUGGAUUAAUGUGGAAGUAUUUUAUGAUUAUCUCAUUAGUCACAAGUUGGCAAAAGAAUGUCAAUUGUCUAAAUUGAAACCAGGUGAUUUUAUACAAUAUCUCAGUCCUCAGAAAUAUUCUCAUACUGUUGUGGUUGUAAAAUCAGGUGCAGAUCCCACAGUAGAUUCUCAGUGA